GCAGCGAAUCAACAGCUACCUUACCUUACGCACGGGAGAUAUAGCAUGGUAGAAUACCUGGGCCAGCAGGCAACAACUAAAUCUCCAUUCCAUGUGUUGUGUGCUUAGGCCUGGUGUCGUAAGUGAUUGCGAAUACCAACACAAGGCCUUACUAAAUACCUCUAAAUGAUAGUGAACUAAGCUGAAAUAAUAGGAAAUUGGAGCGCUGCACUGCCAUCUCGAAUGGCGGACAUUACAUCACUGCUUAGCAGGCCACUAUGGGAGACUCUUGGCAGGGAAGCUCCCCGCAGUGACGUGGCAUAAAAGUACUUCAGUUAUGGUCAUAAGUACAAUUAUUGCCGACGUCCUCCCGGCAAGUACAUGAAUCGCCGUCUGGCGGUACUUGAUCGACAUCAUCAUUCAGGUACCUCCUUCAUUUAGACUGGGAUCUCCCCCACUCACUCAACCUACGCCGCCUGAAGACAGUCACUCUCCUUUCAGGCGCCCAAUUCUCGCAUCAUCUUCUUCCUCAACCCAUAAGACAGCCCACGAAUACCUUCCUGCGCUCGAGAACUGCCUUAUCUCUCUGGUGGUUUCGGAUUCUCAAUAGAAUACCAUACCUUCGCCUGCUCGGCCCUGUCCAACUGCAUAGGUGCCCUCCUGGAGCACCCCGCCCUCCCCCGCCAUGAACGUUUUGAAACUUCAGAGGAAGUUUCCUCAAUUCCAACAGAACGAAAUAUUCAGCUUGUCCGAUGCCUUUCAGCGGCUUGAUGUCGACGAUAGGGGAUACCUUGACGAAGCUACCGCUAUCAAGGCAACCCAGCAGAGUGAAAACCAGCCCUACGAUGUUGUGCGCCAGGCGUUAAAGGAAGUCGAACUUGACUCUUCGCGACGCGUUGAGCUCGAGGAUUAUGUUAGCCUCGUUGCCAAGCUUCGCGAUUCAUCGCCCGCUCAGAAGCGCAUGUCCACGGGACCAACUCCUCCCUCUGCAGGUGGCGGUGUUGUCGCGCAACGUACUGGAGGCCAUGCUUCCAAGGGUAGCGUGAGCGGAAAGAUUCAGGUCCAGGGCUCUAAUGCCAACAUCACUCACACCAUUAACGAGGAUGAACGCACCGAAUUUACCCGUCACAUCAAUGCCGUGCUGGCUGGCGAUGCUGAUAUUGAUAGCCGUCUCCCCUUCCCCACCGACACUUUCGAAAUGUUCGACGAGUGCAAGGAUGGCUUGGUUCUAGCCAAGCUCAUCAACGACAGCGUUCCUGAUACCAUUGAUGAGCGUGUCCUUAACAUACCCGGCAGGAAGAUCAAGAACCUCAAUGCUUUCCACAUGAGUGAGAACAACAACAUUGUUAUCGAGUCUGCCAAAGGUAUCGGCUGUUCUGUUGUUAACAUCGGUGCUGGUGAUAUCAUUGAGGUUCGAGAACAUCUUAUUUUGGGUCUCAUCUGGCAGAUCAUUCGACGAGGAUUGCUGGGAAAGAUCGAUAUCAAGCUCCAUCCUGAGCUGUAUAGACUGCUUGAUGAGGACGAGACACUUGAGCAGUUUCUCCGCUUGCCUCCCGAGCAAAUUCUCCUUCGAUGGUUCAACUACCAUCUGAAAGCUGCUAACUGGCCCCGCACCGUCAAGAACUUCUCCUCUGAUGUUAAGGAUGGUGAAAAUUAUUCGGUUCUGCUGGCGCAAAUUGGUCCCGAGUAUGGCGUUACCCGUGCGCCUUUACAGAAGCAAGAUCUACAUGAGCGAGCUGAGGCAGUUCUACAAGAAGCAGACAAGCUUGGAUGCCGCAAAUUCUUGACACCAAAGUCACUCGUCGCCGGUAACCCCAAGCUUAACCUAGCGUUCGUCGCCAAUCUAUUCAACAAUCACCCCGCCCUUGACCCCAUCACUGAGGAAGAGAAACUCGAGGUUGAAGACUUCGAUGCGGAGGGAGAACGCGAGGCUCGAGUCUUUACACUGUGGCUGAACAGUCUGGACGUUCAACCUGCAGUUGUCUCGUUCUUUGAUGAUCUUAGGGACGGCAGUAUCCUCCUUCAGGCUUACGAGAAGGUCAUCCCGGGCUCUGUCAACCCCCGUCACAUCAACAAGAGACCAGCGCAUGGAGGUGAGAUGUCGAGAUUCAAGGCCGUCGAGAACACCAAUUACGCGAUUGAGCUUGGAAAGCAAAAUGGGUUCUCGCUAGUUGGCAUUCAAGGCGCUGACAUUACUGAUGGACAAAGGACCUUGACUCUUGGUCUCGUGUGGCAACUCAUGCGCAAGGACAUCACUGUUACUCUAUCUUCACUAGCUCAGAAGCUGGGCAAGCGAGAAAUCACCGACUCUGAGAUGGUGCGAUGGGCAAACGAUAUGUCACGAAAGGGCGGCAGGAACUCUUCCAUCCGCUCUUUCAAGGAUCCUUCAAUCGGAUCUGGCAUCUUCCUUCUGGAUGUUCUGAAUGGAAUGAAGAGCAGCUAUGUCGAUUACGAUCUUGUUACAUCUGGACAGACUGACGAGGAUUCUUACUUGAACGCCAAGUUGAGUAUCAGCAUUGCUCGAAAGCUCGGCGCGACCAUUUGGCUGGUUCCCGAAGAUAUCUGCCAAGUCCGCAGCCGCCUCAUUACCACCUUCAUUGGUUCUCUUAUGGCUACCCACGAAAGAAUGUAGAUCUAGUUUGGGACUUGUUUGGCGAUGGCGCGGUUGGGGACGUGGUUAUUCGCAUGCAGGAAUAUUCGAUAUUUAUAAAAGCUUUGGUUCCAACGACCAUCAUAUUGCCAACACAGUGCCAUUCGUCAUCUCGAUCGAUGUGAUCAUCCUCUGUAUUAUUGCCAGUCUAGGUGGUGAGGAUUUUCUUCGCGAAUAGAGAUCAAUGUGACAUUUCUAAUUAUCGUCGGUUGAAGUACGCUCAGAGGAUCAAAUACAAGCUACAUAACAGACUUGGUCCUGUAAAAAUACCCAACCAAAAGAUCAAGUUACCUAAUGUCUUGCGCCCACGCAACCGCUUGGUGCGGCUCAGCCUUACUAACUGUGAACCAGUAAGUAGUCAAUUCAAGGUUCGGGUCACCAAAACUCACUGGUAGUUGGCACAUCUGGAGGAACAGGAGAUAGCCUCUCAGCUUCUUAAAUAGACACCACAUGACCAGCUCGUGGACACAGGCUGAAAGAAAGAAUGUAAUCAGUGUGGCUGUGUGCUUGUUGACCUUCAGAGAUGAUAUAGAGCUAUGAUAAACGUGGCGGAGAAGAAAGACGUGAACAGGUCGAUUCCAGUCCCGGGCGAACUGAUCCCACGAGACUAGUGAGCAGAUAUCAGUUCUAUACCGACAUUACCGAGAACAAAUAUCGAAUGACUUACCGCUGUUCCACCACGCAUCAUAAAAGUUUCGAUCGGCAAAAUAUGUCAACUCGGCCAGGAUAUUCAGGAUAGUUUCCCAUAUGAGAUACCAGACAAGCUAUGGUGUGUUAGAACCAAGUGCAGAUAGCGAGGAUUUCUGUCUUCUCACCAGGUACUCCAUCAUGAAAGGGAAUAUAAGAUCGAGAAGGAACCCUGGAAACUCCUGAAAUCUCCCAGCCAGUGGUACGCCAUUCUCCUUCAUCUCGAUCGUCUUCAUGACGACGGGAUCUAUGAGUUUCCGUUAGCAUGACAAAUGGCAAUUUCUAGAAGAACGUAACCCACAAAUAGAGUGCUGCGAGACCUGAACCAUCACAAAUAGAACACCAAACAUUGCG